CACGAGCCACGAUUCUACAUUUUUAACUGGCUGUGCUUUAAAAGAGAUGAAGCAUGGAAGCAUAUCGAAUAUGAUUUCAAUUCACAGUGUCCAUCUGGCUGCCGUCGUAGUGCAAAAAUAUUGAAGAAAAAGUAUCUCAAUCUGAAAAGAGAGGUAAAAAAGCGAGUUGCAGAGGAUAAAAGAUCUCUUUAUUUAACUGGAGGAGGACCACCAUCAAAGAAAUUGUUAACUGAGCUUGAUGAAAAGCUUUUGACAGUGUUGCAUGAGAAGCAAGUUAGUGGCAUGCAGAGUGUCUAUGACAAUGAUGUAAUUGCCGUAAAUAUUGAUGAGUCCGUGAUAUUGGAGGAAAAUACAUUAGAAAGCAUAGUGGAUUUCGAAAACACGACUGAAGAGGAAAAUUAUAAAGGAAUAAAUGAAUCCGACAACGUUACAUUAAACGUUGAAUCAAACGAGCUUUGGAACAAAUAUGAUCCCAGCAAGUUGAAAACAGCAAAAAAUUCAAAACUAAAAUUUGAAGAAAACCCACAAAGAUCUGCGAAAAAUGCUUGGGCAAAGUUAGAAGAUAUGAAAGCAAAAUGGACGGACGAAAAAUAUGAAGCGGAAAUAAAAAUAAUAUAUGCGAAGCACGAACAAAGAAUGAAGCUAUUAGAAGAAAGUAACAACCUAUCAACGAAUUUGAUGAAAGAAAAACAUGAUUUGGAAAUGAAAAUUUUAGCAGUAGAUUUGGAAAGAAAGAAAAAGGAGCUGGAAGGGUGAAAUAAAAAAUACAUAUGUAUAUGUAAAAUUAUAAACGUAUUUAUUAAACUACAAUAAA